UACAGAACCAGAUGAUAUACCUCACUGCCAGGCAUAGCACGAGUAUAUACCACACUAAUCAUGAUGGGUCUGUUUAAUUUAUCUCGGCCUGUCUCUCUCCUGGCCUCUAUCACCACAAGAGCAAUGGCAACGGCAGCUACAGGGGAAGGAAGACUGGCAGGGAAGGUGGCCAUAGUAACUGCCUCCACUGAUGGCAUUGGUCUUGCCAUUGCCCAAAGGUUGGGGGAGGAGGGAGCCAAAGUUGUGGUGAGCAGCAGAAAGCCAGCUAAUGUGGAGCGAGCAGUUGCAGACUUACAAGGAAUAGGAUGUACAGUGGUGGGCAUCCCUUGUCAUGUCUCCAAGCACCAGGAGCGCCAGUCUCUCAUUGACAAGACUGUGGAAAAGUUUGGUGGUCUGGACAUCCUGGUAUCAAAUGCUGCUGUGAAUCCCGCAGUGGGUGGAGUGUUGGAUUGCUCAGAGGGUGUGUGGGACAAGAUCUUUGAGGUGAAUGUCAAGAAUGCACUACAGCUCACCCAGUUGGCUGUCCCUCAUAUGCGGCAGAGGAAGGGUGGUGCUAUUGUCUAUGUCUCAUCCAUCGGAGGAUAUCAACCAAUGCCGAUGCUGGGAGCAUACAGUGUGAGCAAGACGGCACUGCUGGGGCUGAGCAAAGCUGUGGCUCAAGAAGUGGCCUCAGAUAACAUCAGAGUGAACUGUGUAGCUCCAGGAGUAGUGCGGACUAAAUUCUCCAGCUUUCUGACAGAAAACCCAGCUAUCCAUGAGAAGACAAUAGAGAUGAUUCCCUUGGGCAGGAUUGCCGAACCCAAGGAGAUGGGUGGCCUAGUGGCUUUCUUGUGCAGUGAAGAUGCUUCCUACAUCACUGGGGAGUCAUAUGUGGCAGCAGGAGGAAUGUUUUCAAGGCUCUAGGUGUUAGUGAUAGGAGUUAAUUUUGUAAUUUAGAUUAGGGUUUCAUUUAAAAUUCUACAACAAAAGGUUGGGUGUUAUAUGGAGUUGUUUCGUGUAUUCAGUCAUUUGCUCAUAAUAGAGUUCAUGGAGUAUUUUUAUAUGGUGCAUAUAUAUUGUUUGUGAAUGUGGUAUACUUUCAUUCAGAAUUCUAUAACAAAAGGCUGGAUAUUACAUGGAGUGGUUUCGUGUAUUCAGUCAUUUGUUCAUUUGCACAUAAUAGAGUUCAUGGAGUAUUUUUGUAUAGUGCAUAUAUAUUGUAUGUGAAUGUGGUAUACUCUAAUUAUGAUUGUAAAAAAAAUUAAACUUUUCCUUACCACAAA